GAGACAGAGAGAGAGAGAGAGAGAGAGAGAGAGAGUUCUCCGAUUUCUAGGGUUUUUUUUUUUCCAAUCAACCUGCGCUUUCUCGCUUCUCUCUUUUUCAUCGUCCCUUCGAUUACUUCCAAAUCCGUUGCACGAUUUGUGCAACGCGUUUGGAUCUGAUUCUGUUCCAUAUCAUCUCAAAUUGUGAUUUCCGGCGAUUUCAUUCGAACGAUCGUUUGGAAUGUCCGACAUUUGUUCGCAUCGAGGUUGAGUGUGUUUGGCAUUUUAAUAUCUUGUGCGUCAAUGCAAAAGCUGCAGAUAUGUAGCCAUGAAUGCAACCUUUGUUGGAGUGAUAAAGGCAUAGUUCCGUUGCUGAUCAAUCUCAACAAGAAUGGUUAUAGGGGAAUUUGGCCACGGAUGAGUUGGUGCUUGUGGCACCAUUUUAAAAUUUUUUAGCAGAAACUACAGGUUGCUUGUAGUCACAAUGGUAUGUACGCUUGGAAGGGGCCGAAUGGCAGCCAUGGCGAGGCUUCUCGCUGCAGGAAAUUUUCCCGAGACAACAAAAGAGGAACUCAACGAUGAGAAAAUUGCUGCUCAGGCCAUCUAUAAGGAGCUGCAUGAGGCAAAUGAGGCAAAUUUGCUUGAAGAAGAAGAUAUGCAUGUAUUCGACUUCAUGCCACUGACAGAUCCUUUGCAUUUGGUAUGUUGCAAUGCAUGUAAGAAACCAAUCAAAGCCAGCCAGUUUGCAGCACAUGCAGACCGCUGUAGGUCACUGAAUUCUAAAGAAGAUAUUGUCUUGGGGCUUGAUGGUGGUACUGGGCAUAAGAAGCCUCCAAGGAAAGGGAGGAAAAAGUUGCAAACAUCCCAUGAUGACCAAGUUGCAACAAUUGGGGAGCAUGAAAAACUGGAGCCAAAAGAUGGGGAUGAUACUGCUGCUUCAGAACCAAAUAUGGAUGGCCUGACUGGAAACUGUAGAGAAGCAAAAAGAACCUCAAUUUCUAUGGACAGCACCCCAGUGAUGGAAGGUUCUGGAGUCAGUACUAGAAGUACAAACUACUCUGAUAAUGUGAUGGCUCCUUCAAAAAGACGUACCAAGAUAGCAGCUGAGCCCUUGCCACCAGCAGACUGCCUAGAAACAAAACAUGGUGUAACAACAGAAAUGAGAAUAAAUUGUCAAGAGGCUCUAACCUGCAGAGAGUUUUCAAGGAGACCAGUAGCAGGAAGAGUGAAUCCCAGUGAUGCUGCCAUUGGAUAUCAAAAGGCUGGACAAGUGCUCGGACAUGACCUAUCAACUGCAGGGCAUCUUCUAACUGAUGUGCCUCUCCCCCUUGCAACCAAGAUGUACCACUCACAGAGAAGUCGCCUCCGGACAGCACUAGGCCAUCUUUAUCAUGUGGCAUUGGCAAAAGAGCAUGAAAACAAUCACCUGACCCAGAAACUAGUACAUGGCAACUCUAUGCUAUCUUCACAGAUUUCAUCACCCGACAAUUUGUUGCACGAGACACAAAAGGAUGAUAUGCUUCAGAAGGAGAAAGAUGCACGUGCCUUGCCUGUCCUGCGAAAUCUUGAUCAAAAUUUCGCACAAAGUUCCAAACAAUUAUCAGGGGCCUCAGGUGGAUGGCCAUCAGCUUUUAACAUUUCAAACCAAUUUCAGGACAAUAACUUUUUGAGACCAGCAUUAUCCGUUGAUACGGCCCCAAUGGAGAGAAUGAGAAGCAGAUAUCUUCCAACACCUUAUUCUUUUCCUGGUAACUCUGGGACAACACUGGGAACUGUGCAGAAGCCGGAUGGAAGUGUUUCUGUUACGUAGAGCAUCCACAACAAGAGGAUUUUUGCUAGGGCAAGGUGAAUUAGGUGUCCCUUUUAUCUUCUUUCUUCUCAUGUAUUAUCAUUUUUCUUCCAAUUGGUACUGAGAAAAGAAAAGAAAAAUGGUGAUUGUCUUCCCAUUGGAGCUGGAAAAAAAAAUGGUGACUGUAGGUUGCAAUCUGUAUCUUGAGUAAUUGAAUUAUGGUGUCUUCUACCCAUGCAUCAUUCUUGAAUUGGAGCAGGGCUUUGCCUGCAUGUUAACCUCCUCUGUCCAAAAUCCUUCUUUUUGAGAUCUUUCCUCCGUUAAAAAUUCGCUGUGGGGCUGACAAAAUGAUGAUUGGAUCUGAUUCAUGCA